AUGGAUUGCAUUUGGCCUGUUGACACACCGCAAUCUUAUACAAAAGGAGGAAUUGGUGCACCUCCGCAGCAGUCAAGAUCGGCAGCUAGUCCACUUUCACCACCGAGACCAGGCCCAGGAGCAGCAAAUACUUAUCCUAGAUUUGCAGAUGUCACUGCCGUACGUGAAGCGCCACAUCGCUACGUUCAGCAUAGUGCUUACAGUAUUGGAGGUGGAAAUGGUGGGUCAAUUGUCUCUCAUGGUGGACCAAAUGGUGGUGGCCCUGGACAAGUGCAACAACAGUAUAGAGAAACAACAUACGCUCGAAUACCUCAAAUAUCCAGUCAAGCUCAAGAGUAUCAUAGAGUGGCAGCGGCUGCUGUUGCGGCUGCUGCUGGUCAAGUUAUUGUAUCUAGUAGCCUGCCUAUUGUAUCAGUUGGACCCGCCAAUACGAUGGACAGUUUGGUGCAACAAGCUCAGCAACAACAUCAUUUACAACAGCAACAAACCCAUUCAUCACAACAGGCAUCAAUACUUACCGGUCGCGCCGGGCAAAGAAUAUCACUUAUACCAGCACAUCCUAGUGAUUACAUGUCAAAUGCAGCUGCCGCUGCUGUUGUGGCAAGGCAGCCUCCUCAACAGUUACCAGAUUGUGGAGGACCAUAUAAAAAAAUGCGUUUGGGUAUUGGGGUUGGUGUUAGUGUUUCCAAUGUUCAGGAGCAAUCACAACAACAAUCCCAACAGCAACAACAGCAGCAACAACAACAACAACAACCACAGCAACCGCAUCCACAUCAGCAAGUUCAACAAUUAUCAGUACAGCAACAAAUUAGUUCAUCAAAUCACCUGCCAUCAAUUGUGCCUGCUGGAGCGACUAUUCUUAAUGUUUCCGCCAAUGCACCUGCGAACAUAGUUGGGCCUCAACAGCCUGUAGCAAUUGUAGCGCCUAUAGUUCAAACUGCAGUUUCAUCUACAGCUCCUCCAACUCAACAAUUAAAAGUAGAUACAAGAGAACAUAGAAAUUUAGCAACAGAAGCCUAUCAUCCUCAAGUCGAAGCGAUCUCACCAACACUGCCUAAUGAUCCAAUAGAAGAACGUCGAACUGCGAAGGAUGAACUUUUAAUGCAAAUUAAUAAAGUUGAUAUGGAGAUUAACGAAACAGAAAAGACUAUGGCAAUGUUGAAAAAGAAAGCUGAAAAGUUAGAGCAAGCUUCAUCUCAAAAAUUAUGUGCGAAAACAGAAGAAACACAAGUAGUGCAACCAAAACAUCGUAGUUUAGCCUCUAAAUGUUAUGCCGAAAAUAAAAAACGAGCUGAAGAUGUACAUUCCACUUUUGAUAAACUGGGUCCACCGAAUAUAUUCCCACUCUAUAAUCAACCGUCUGACGUAGAGACUAUCGAAGAACAAAAGAAACGUCAUGAAAUAUUUAAAACACAUUUACUUCUGCAUAUUAAAAAAAUUCGUUUAGAAAAGGCUGCUAAAAAUUCUGCAUUAAUUGAAAAAUAUACUGAGAUGACACAAGAAUGGCAGAAGAGAGUUGAAAAAGCUGAAAAUAGUGUCAAAAGAAAAACAAAAGAAGCAAAAAAUCGAGAAUUUUUUGAAAAAGUUUUUACAGAGCUUAGAAAGCAACGUGAAGAUAAGGAGAGAUUUAAUCGUGUAGGAUCCAGAAUUAAAUCGGAAGCUGAUUUAGAAGAAAUUAUGGAUGGCCUGCAAGAACAGGCAAUUGAGGAGAAAAAAAUGCGUUCAUAUGCUGUGAUACCACCUUUAAUGUUAGAUCCCCGCGAACGUCGUUUUGUUUACCAUAACGAAAACGGUGCGACGCUUGAUAUGGUAAACGAUUAUAAAGAUCGACAAAAUGUAAACGUUUGGACAUCUGGAGAAAAAGAAAUCUUUAAAGAAAAAUUUUUGCAGCACCCUAAAAAUUUCGGGGUUAUUGCAGCAAGUUUAGAUCGUAAGUCAGCACAGGAUUGUGUUCGUUAUUACUACCUCAGUAAAAAGACGGAAAAUUAUAAGCAGUUGUUAAGAAAGUCACGUCAAAGAACUCGAAGCUCACGAAACCCACAAAAGACUGGACAACAACAAGUACCGCAGUGUAUUGUUGAUUCAUUGACAACUGGUGUGACGACACGAUUGCAACGUGAGCAACAACAAAAGACUGGCGGUCGUGACCGUACCGCACAAUCAAAUACAACAGCCACUGGUGCAACAAAUAUUAUUAGUGGUGACAUUAUUAGUGGCGACAUUGAUAAUGCCCUUAUAUCGAGUAGUUCUAAUAGUACGAAUAAUGGACAAGUGGCGUCUGAUAGUAUUGCUUCUGAUGCAGCAUUGUUUAGCUCAAUGGUUAGUAGUUCUGAGGUAGCUAAUAGAUCGCCUAGUGGUAAUAUAUCAAUAAAUGUAAUAGCUGAAAAUGAUGCAAUUGAUAAUUCAGAAUCAAAUACGACAAUUAAAUUAGUAAAUGAAUCCAUAGGUGCUGAAAUGGCAACAGAUAAUUCUAUCGAAUUGCGACAAUCGAAUUUAGAUAAUAAAAGUGAUAAAUCUAAUUCGAUAACCACUCAAAAUACAAUCAACGUGGCCCUGAGUAGUAUGACAAAUACGCCACAAUCCCCAUUAAGUUGUACAGGGAAUGAUUUAUCGAAAACAAUCGCUACUCCCACAAAUUCCUCGGUUAAUAGCAGUAAUAUUAGCACAAUAGCAAAUGGAACAAACAGUAAUUUUACAACGUCAUCAUCGUCUUCAUUAUUGCAAGCAACAUCUUCAACAACGUCUUUGGCUAGUAAUAAUUCUGCCACUGAUAUAUCGGCUGUGAACUCGCUACAAGCAACAAUUGAGAAAUCGGAAUCAGUUUUAAUUGAUGGUGUAUCUAAUACAACAGCAGCAGCUAAUAGUAAAGAAAGUAUGAGUGCGGCAUGCACACUUGAAAGUUCAAUUUGUAAAGAUAAAAUGUCAACGAAUACAUCGUCAAAUGUAACACAGUUGGGUAGUUGCUCUACAUCAGAAACAAAAAUUGGUGUAGCAGAAAGUGGAGUCCCAUCUACAAACGUUGGCACAUCCCUCACUAACAUUAGUAAUAUAAGUAACAUUAGUAACACAAAUAAUAAAAUUCAUAGUAAUAGUAGUAUUCAUAGUAAUAUUAAAACUAACAAUAAUAGUAAUAAUAAUAAUGAAAACAGAAAUUUGAAUAAAAGUUGUAAUAAUAAUUUAAAUAAAAACAAUAGUUCACUUAAAAGUGAUAAUGAUAUCAAAAGUGUAAAUAAUAAUAGUGAUAAUAGUGAUAACAGUAAAAAUAUGAACGAUAACAGUUGCAGGAAUAGUAAUGAUAUUAAAAAUAUUAAUUAUAACGAUAACAAUAAUAAGAGUAAUAAUGACAUUAGAAAUAAUAAAAAUGAUAGUAACAAUGAUAAUACCAAUAACAGUAACAAAAGUAAUAACAAUACAACCAUGAAUAAAAAUGAUAACAAUGAUAACUCUAAUGCCAAUAAAAACAACAAUACCGAUAAUAGAAGUAAUAGCAAUAAUAAUAGUACUAGUACAAAUAAAGUUCGUAACGAAAUUAGCAAUAAUGAAAAUAAUGAAAAUAAUGGUAACAUUAGUAAUAAUAGUAACAACAAAACCAAAAAUAAUAAUGAUAAAAAUAGUAAUAAUAAAAAUAAUGAUGGCGAAUGCGAUAAUUCAAGUACUGUUAAGAUCAAUAAGAUUAAUACAAGUGAUAGCAUUGCAAGUUGUAGUAGUACCGCCAGUAAUAAUAAUAAUAACGCUAAUAAUAUUAAUAAUAAUAGCAAUAAUAACAAAAGUAAUAGCAGUUGUAACACUAAAAAUUUCAAUACCAACAACAGCGGUCACAAAAAUAAAUGUAAUGAAGGAAAUAGUCAAGAUAAAAAAUUGAAAGUAGAUAACAAGAUUGAUGAAAAAAAUGAAUGUUCUAAUAAAAACAAUAAGGAUAAUAUGUAUAACAAGAGUAAGAAUACUAUGAAUAAUAAUAACUCUAAUAAUAAUAGUAGUUAUAGUAGCAAUAUUAUUAAUAAUAACAAUAAAAAUUAUAAUAAUAAUACUAAUAGCAAUAGUAAUAACAAUAAUAAUAAUACUAAUAGUAAGAAUAAUAAUGAUAAUAAUAGUAAUGAAAAUAUUAAUAAUGAUAAUUAUAAUAAAAAUAAUAAUAUGAAUAACAAUAACAAUAAAAAUAAUAGUAAUAACAAUAAUAAUGAUAAUAAUAAUGGUAAUAGUAAUAACAAUAAUGAAAAUAAUAAUAAUAAUAAUAAUAAUGAUAAUAAUAAUAAUACUAAUAAUAUUAAUAAUAUAAAUAAUAAUAAUAAUAAUAGCAACAAUAAUAAUAGUAGUAACAAUAAUAAUAAGUGUAAUAGUAAUAGCAACAGUAAUAAUAAUAAUAUUAAUAAUGAUAAUAAAAAUGAUAAUAAUAGUAACAACAAUAAUAAUGAUGGUAACAGUAAUAAAAAUAAAAAUGAUGGUAACAACAAUAUCAAUAAUAAAACCGAUAAUAUUGAUAAGAAGGUCAAUAUCUUAACCAGUAAUGAAAAUAGCAGUAACACGAAUAAUAAAAUAAGCAACAACAAUAGUAAAAGUAGUAAAAAUGACAAAGCAAAUGAUAAUAAAAACGAGAAAAAUACUAAUAGCGAAAAUAAAAGCAACAUUAAACAAAAUAACGACAGCAAAAGAAACAUUCAUAAUAUCAAAGACGAUAGCAAAAAUGAAAAUGUUGCAAGUAAUAGCAGUGACAACAGUAAUGUUGGUUGCAGUAUUAAUAACGAUAGUAAAAUUAGCGGUAAUGGGGAUAUCGCCAUUAAAGGCAGCACCAGCAGAAUCGAUGUCGCUGGUAAAACAAAUAAUGUCAAUGCUUGCAAUAACAAAAAUAUAAAUGAGAGCAAGGAUGUAUGUAGCACAAAUAAAAAUACAAAAAUAAAUACUAAUAAUAGCAUUGAUAUUAGUAGUUCUAAUAAUAAUAAUAAUAAUAUCCAUAGCAACAAUGAAAAGAAUAGUUCUGUUAUUGUUAAUGAUGCUGAUAAUAGCACUGUUAACAUCAUUAGUACUAAUGAUAAUAUUACUAGUAAUAGUAAAACUAGGAAUGAUGGAAAUAGUUAUGAUGACAGUCAAAAUAUGAAUAAAAGUAACAAAAACGAUAAAAAUAAUGAUAAUGAAAAUAGUAAAAUUAAUCCAGAUAACACGAGUAAUCAUAAUAGAAAAUAUAAUAAAAAUGAAGUUUCUGAAAAUGAUAAUAUGAAUAAUAGUAGUAAAGAUCACAAAAAUGAAAAGGACAUUAACAGUAACGUUAAUAAUGAUAAUAGUAAAAAUAGAGAUAAUAAAAAUAGUAAUGUAGAUAGUCCUAGUAGUAGUAGUAAUAUUGAUGUCAAUAUGAGAGAAACCAACUUUGACUCUAUUUGUAAAAGAAAUGAGGAAAAAAGCAAUGUUAAUUAUAGUAAAAAUAAAUCUGAAAACAAAUCUAAUGAAGACAUUGAUGGUAAUGACGGGAACAACGUAACCAGCAAGAAUAACAAAUGUACUGAUGAUAGCAACAAAUUAAAAAUAAUUGAUGCUGGUAAUGAUGAGACAAGAAACAACAAUACUAGUUCAAGUAAAAACAGUAACGAAAGUAGUACAAGUGUAAUCAGUAGUAAAAGUAGUCGUGAUGUUAGUGGUGACGAAAACAUUUGUAAGGAUAGCGCAAAUAGUGUUGGAAAAAACGACGAUUCUUCUGGUACAAGUUUUGGGACUGGUAAUUCCUGCUAUCGCGACAACAAAAAUUAUAAUAAUGACACGAAUAAUGAAAGUACUGAAAAUAAUGGAAAUACCGAGAUAGUUACAGGCAUUAAAAUCACUACUGAAAACAAUAUUCCAAGCAAAAAUGUUUCAAAUGACAGUAAAAGUAUUAGUAAUGAUAACAAUAAUCCUAAUAACAAUAACAAUUAUAAUAAAAGUAAUAUCGAUAAUAAUGAUGACAAUAAGAAAAUUAUCAAUAAUAGUAAAAAUGUCGACAGUAAUAAAAGUAACAGCGGCAACAAUAGCGUGAUUAACAAAAAUGAUGUUGACAGUAAAAGUAGUAUAAUUAACAAUAGCAAAACUAGUAAUGACGAGAACAGUAAAAAUGAUAAUAAUUGCAACAAAAAUAACGGCAAAAUAAAAAAUAACGAUAAUAGUAUUGAGAACGUUGACAGGAAAAGUUGUAGCAGUAAUGAUAGUAACAUUAUUGGAAAAGAAGAUCGUGGUAAUAUAACACCUAAUAUCAGUUGCAUCAGUACUAAUCCCAGUAAUAGCACCAUACAUGAAGAUAAUCGUAACGAUUUUAAGCAAAAACAUGAAGAAGAAAAGAAACGGAAGGAAAAUGAUAAUAAUUCUUCAAAUCGAACAGACGAUAAAUGCUUUGAUAACAGCAGUAGGGGCAAAAUUAUUGGUAACACUGAACUUUUAGAUGACAGAAGUAAUAGUACUAACAGCAAUAAUAAUAACAGUGAAAAUAAUAAAAGUAGUUAUGAUAAAAACGUUGACCGUUUGCAAGUUGGUAUGGAAGAUGUUAAAACCCACGUUAGUAAAUCAAGUAAUAUUUACACAACUGAUAGUAAUAAUACAUCCAGUAACAAUAGUUGUAAUAACAAGAAUACUAGUAAUGAUGACAUCGAGAAAAGCAUUAAAACUACAGAAAAGGACAAAAAAGAUAAAAGUGACGCAAAAAGUGGGAUUGAACUUAAAUAUGAUAAUGAUAGUAAGACUGAUGCUUCUAAUAGUAUGAAUAAAAAUAGCAUUUCUAGCAGCAAAGAAAAUGAUCAGAAUGAUGCUGAUACUAGUAUUCAUAGUGAUAUCAGUAACAGUAAUGUCGGUAGGGAAAUCCGAGUUAACAGCGAAGGUAAUAAUAACAAGGAUAAGAUGGAUAACAAUAUCAAUAAUAAAAACCACAAUGAUUCUAAUAUAGUCGGCGUUUCUGGCAGUAAUAGUAAUAAUACUGAUAAUAGUAAUGAUAAUAAUAAAAAUAAUAGUAAAAAUAGAUCUGGCAGAGAAAAUGAAGGAGAAUGUACUAGCAGCAGUAAUGAAAAUGCAAGCAAUAGUGAAAGAGACAGUGAAAUGAGAAACAGGAAUAUUAACAUCAACAAAAACCUAAAAACAAGCGACGAAGAUAUUAAAAGUAAUAGCGAUGAUGAUGUCUCUAAAAAACGUGAUGCCGACAAACAAAAUGUAAAAGCGGAUAAUGCCGAAAAUGAAAAUAACAGCGGUGCUAUUACUGAAAAGGGCGAUCCUAUUAAUAUUAAUAACAACAAUAGCAAAAAUUAUUCUAAUAUUACUGAUAAAAUGGAUAUUACCAAUAAUUCGGAAAACAAUAUCAUUCGUAGUAAUGUUAUUAAUAAUGAAAGCAAAAAUAAUAGCAGCAAUGAGAAAAAUGAUAUAUAUGAUAAUUUAAGAAAUAAUAAUGAAAAUAAUAAUAAAGAUAAUAAACAAAGUGACAAAAGUAGAAAUAAUAAUAAUGAAAAUAAUAAUAGCAAGAAAAAUGAGAACAACGAGAAUAAUAGUAAUAAUGUUGAUAAUAAUAAGAUUGCUAAUACUGAAAACUUUAUUGGCAGUAAUAGUAGUAAUGAAAAUGUCAAUAAAAAUAAUAUUAUUAAUGAUAAUAACAGUAAUAAUGAGAGUAAUAACAACAGUAAUAACAAUGUUAAUAAUGUUAAUAACAAUAAUAAUGAUAAUAACAGAAAUCUCAUUACUGAUAGUAAUGAUAUUAAUAAUAAAAAUAAUAAUAACAUAGAUAAUAAUAAUUGUAAUAAUAAUAAUUCAUCAAUUGUUACUUCUGUUACUGAUAUAAAUACAAGCCAUAUAAAUGAUGGUAUUACAACAAUACAACAACCGCUACAACAUUCUCUUAAUGCUCCUAAUGGAAUUAAAUCUGAAAUUGUAAUAGCUGCUGCUAGUGUUUCGGCUAUUAAUUCCACUGUUGUUACAUCAGCCUCCUCUAAUUUUUUGUCAAACGAUAUGAAUUCUAUUGAUAAAAAUAAAGAUAAAGAAUCUAUAUCAGUGAUAGAGGACAGUAAUAAUAGAAAUAAAUUGAAUAGUUGCGGUAUUAAAACUAAAUUGUCGGAAUUCAUCGACAGUAGUGAUAACUCAGAUGUUAGUGAACCAAAAAAGAAACGCCUUGAUUCAGACGCUUCCUCAAAUCCUGCCAUUUCAACUAAUGAUGGUGAUGUUGAUAGCAUUGUUUCAGAUGUUAAAGAUAAAUUACAUUCAUGUUUCGUUUGCAAAAUGGAUGCUUGUCCACGUACACGUCCAUUAAAGAAAGGACGUGGUCAACAAUAUGGUAUUUCAGAUGAUAUAAUACCAUUGGGUGCACGUGUAUGUAAUUCUUGUCAAUGUAAAUCAGUUCGAAGCCGUUAUCCGAAUUGUCCAUUACCAACAUGUCCAAAUUCAAAGGAACGUGCUAAACGUUUACAUAAUAUACCAGCAAGAUUAUUUGAUGCACCAGCUGAAAUUCGUGAACCUAUAUUACAAGAAUUUAAAAUUGCACGAACAACAACAAGAUGUUGUUCAGCAUGUUUAAUGAGAAUACGACGUAAAUUAGAUCCACAUAUUAAUUUAUCAGAAGAUCGUCAGACAUUAACGGAUGGUGAUGAAUCUGAUUUAAGUACAUCAUCAUGUGAUGAACGUGAUGUUGCUAGCAGUGAUACUGCUUCAGUUGAAAGUCCAAAUAAUCCAAUACGGCAAAAUGUUCUAUUAUCAAAAGAUGAUCUUUCUAAUAAUUGUAAUAGAAAUAGAAUUUCACAUCAUGUUACCGGAAUUGGUAUUGGUAAUAAUAAUAAAUCAAUUGAUGAUAGAUUAUUACCACCAUUAGGUCAUGCACCACGUAAACAAAAAACACAAGAAGAAUAUGAUAGUUCUGCAACUGAAACUGCAGAUGAAGAAAAUGAAAAUUCUCCAGCUGCUAUUCAAAAUGGACCAAGAUCUGAUCAACAAUUAAAUGUUCGUGAUUUUGUGUUCAAUGUUAUAGAAUUUACAUUAAAAACUGGUGGACCUAAACCUAACGCACGACCAAAUUUAAUUGAAGGUCGAAAUACUGGUAGUGGUAGCAGUAAUAGCAGUAACAACAGUAAUAGUAGUAAUAACGGUAAUACUGAUGUUCAAUUUGUUGGUGAAUUCCGGAAUGAUGGUCCUAUUGUCGGAAAUCGACAUCAACCAAAUCUUUUAAUGUCAAAUAAUAUGAAUACUGCCAAUUCUGGUGCAACGCUUCAGCCAAUUACACAAAAUCGACAGCAUUCUGGAUCACAAAAUGAAAAUUUGGCUACAUUAUCUAUUGUUAAUUCUCAUGCACACAUACCACCAACACAACAACAAAUAAUACAGCAACAUCAACAUGGAAUAUCUGCCACAAUUACACCAGUAAAAGUUCCAAUUGAUAUUCGUGAAAAGGAUGAAACACUUUAUAAUGUUCGCAACCCGGAUCCAGAACCUCAAACUUUAGAUUUGAGCAUUAAGAAACAUUCAAAAGAUAUACCAUUACACAACGUUCCACCUGCUUCUUCAAGAAUUCCAUCGCAUCAACAAAGUUCAGGUGUAUCUGCUAUGCCAAUUUACCGUUCUGAACAAGGUCAGGUGUCAGCCAUCCAACAAUCUGGACCGCCAGGCCAGCAGAGCUCUGCCUAUUUAGGUUAUCAUCAUCCUUCUCAAAGUAGUGAUUUAAAUCGUACUCCAAAAUCCCCGUCAGUAUAUGUGUCACAGGUACCUGUGAAUAUUUCACAAUCAGGUCAGCCUUUAUCUAGGCAACAACAACAGGGUCCGCCUAUGCAGCAACAUCAGCAACUUACGAUACAACAACAACAACAGCAGCAAAACAAAACCAAACUAUCACAACAAAAAUUGAGUCCCAAAAUACAUCCACAUCAACAAUCUCCUAGCCCUAAUCAAAUAAUGGUUGGGGCACCAAAAGGAUCAAUAACUCACGGAACUCCAAUUGUUCCUCAACAACAACAAAUUUUAGUUCAGGGAUCCACUACUGUAAGUCCUCGAUUUGAAGGCAUCAUGAGACAGACCCCACCAUCUGGGCCUCCUGAUGUAACUAAAUUGGGUUCAAUAACUCAAGGAACUCCUGUUCAUUUACCUUCACAUCAUAUGCAAGAUAAACAACGUGUAUUUGAUUAUUAUAAGAAUAAUAGACAAAGUCCUGCCCAACAGUCUUCUCAAGCACCUCAGCCUCAGCAAACAUCCGGACCUCCUCCGCCAACCCAACCACCAAAUUCAAAUGUUGGGGCACCUAAUUUUGGUGGUUCACCGUAUGGAAGAUCAGCCUACGGUUUAGAAUCACAACCUCAAUUAAGUACGAGACAAAUAGUGAUGCAUGAUUACAUGACCUCACAACAAAUGCAUGGUCAACAAAGAAGUGUCGGACGUGGUGAUAAGGAAUCUCCUUCACCAAGAAGCUCUGGAAGCAUGUCUGGUUCCUCCGCUUCAAUUUAUUAUUCAGAAAAGGAUCGAAGCAGGGCUGAUUAUCUUAGCCGAACAUCACCAGCUGAACAUGUUAACAGUACACCAAGCCCACAUAGAACUCCUCCACCACAGAGACAAGGGGUUAUUCAAAGACAUAAUACAAAUAAUUCGAAACCUCCAUCUCCUUCGCCUAAUCGUCUUCAUUUGAUGCAGCACAUUUACGCACCUUCAGGUCAUGAAGCCUUUAAUUCUUUAGUAGAUGUUGCGGUUCAACAACCCCAACUUCCAGUACCUCAGCGAGACGAAAAACGCAGCUCUCAUCCCUCAGUUGAUCAUCCAACGAAUGUGUUCCAUCAUGAUAUGCGAUCGCAACAGUUAGCCAGAGAACAAAUUGCAAUGCAAAUUCACCAGCAGCAGCAGCAACAUCAUUAUAGACAACAACAACAAGCCGCAGCAGACAUACAACGUAGAGAACAAUAUAAUCGUGAACGCAUGAUUGCCCAACAGCAACAACAGGAACGAGAUAGACAAGAACGCGAUCGACAGGAACGUGAUCGCCAAGAACGAGAUCGUCAAGAACGUGAACGAAUUCAAGCUGAGCGAGAGCGAAUGGAUAGAGAACGUGAACGAGAACGACGUGAAAGAGAGGAACAAGAACGGGAAGAAGCUCGUCGACGUGAAACUGCCCGUAUAAUCGCAGCUAGUACGGUAGCUACUGGCGGACCUCCACCUUUCUUGAGAGCUGAUCCCGGAAGAGGACCCAUUCCUGAAAGGGAAAGAGAUCCUUAUCAUAGACAACCACAUCAUCCAAGUAGACCGUCAGAUGGGACAACUUUAUCAGCAGCUUCUUUGAUAGAUGCUAUAAUAAAACAUCAAAUUAAUCAAGGCUCGUCCGAGCCACCAAAUAUGUUAAAUAGGGAUGGCCCGCCGAGACCAUCUUUCUAUUCAACACGAGAUCAACAACAUCCAGUGGCAGCAGCCAUAGCAGCAGGUGACAACAACGGUAAAUCUAAUUCCCCAAAUAUUAUCAAUAUUGACCUAGAUAGCAGUAGCAACGAUCGACCUGGAAAUAAUGGGGGUGGUAACAAUCGUCAACCAUCUUCGAUGCCGACCCAUGGUUCCCAAACAAUUACUAAAAGUAUGACACUUGGCGAAGUUACUGAUUCAAUAAUUACAAAGGAAUAUGGUCCAAAUCCGCUUCAUUUAAGACCGGCAGCUUCAUCUUAUAUGACAUACUUGCAAGACCCAAUAGUCACAACUGAUCAAUGGAAGUAUAAUCGAAGAAUGCAGCAUAAAGAAGCGGAAGCUGCUGCAGCAGCUGAACGUAAUAAAUCUGUUGUUGGAUCUUCUUCUGGUGGUGGUCGUUCUACAACUCCAGACGAGCGACAAAUAAUUCGAAUGGCUCAACCUCCAAGUCCUAGAAAUAAAUUUCAUGACAUAAUAGAUGGGCAUUAUUAUCAGGCAGCGGCUGCUGCAGUUGCCCAAGGCUUAGGUGGACUUCCGCCUAACCCGGGAAUGGAUCGAAGAAUGCAUCAGGGUCCAACCACAAGUGGGCCAAGUGGACCUGGAGGUUCUAAUAGUGGUGGUCCUCCGUCCCAUCAAUUUGCUUUAGAUUGUUACGUUAAACAUCGAAUAGUUGAAGCAAUGAGAACUGAAGAUGAUCGACGUUCAGAUGAUAGUCAUCAUCAUGGCGGUGGUCAUAAUUUACAUCAUGAACGUAACAGUAAUGAUGGUGGUCAUGGUAGAUUAUCAGCAAGUCAUUGUAAAGAAAAAGAUAGUGGAAAUAAAAUGUCUACUGGUUAUGAAGACAAUCGCCGUUCCAGAAGCUCAGAUGGACAACAGGUUAAUGAAGGACAUAGGCCCAAUGGUGGUGGAAGUGGUGGAUAUGCACCACCCGUAACUACUUUUGCUACAACAACUUACGCUUAUCCAUAUAGUGCAUUAAAUGUUACUGGACCACCACCACCAUCUGGUUUAGUUGUAUCACCAUCAGUUCAACCUGGAAAAUGUAUCGAUAUUAGUAAUAAUGGACCACAGUCACAGCAGUCAUUAUCAUCUGAACCAAAACCUUUGCUAUCAGCACAAUAUGAGGCUCUUAGCGACGAAGAAUAGUUUUUAAAGAAAAAAUGGCAAUAUCAUAUUGGCAUUAAUAAGAGUUUCUAUAAGAAUCAAAAACAGAAUAACUAAAAAAAAAAAAAAAAAAAACAAAUGAUAAUGGUAAUUGCUAAAUUAAUAUUUGACAUUAUCAAACUUACUGCUAUUUGAAAAAUAAUAAUUACAUUUAUGAUCUCAAUCAAAGAUGUCGAAAUAAAAAAAUAAUUCCAUAAAACUAUACAUAAAUAAUUAAAAAAAAAAAAUAUCUUAUUUUUUAAUCAUAAAAAUUAAGAAAAAAAAAACAUCGCUUUGAAAACAUACACAUUUUAAAUCACAAAUAAAAAAAAUUAUAAUUCAGAAUAAACACAAACAAAAAAAAAAUAAUAAAUAAAUAAAAUAAUGGAUUGACUUUAUAACAUAAAUAUUUGAAUUGAUUAAAUUUUCAAAUUAUAUUAAAAAAUAUAAUAUAUUAUAUGUAUAUUGGUGUAUAAAAUUGUCCAAUUGUAAUAAUUAAAAACAUUUCAAAAAAUAUUCAAAUAUAUCAUAUAAUAUUUAUAAAUUUAAUAAAUUUCAUAAAAUUUUUUGUAAUAUAAUUUAAAUAACUAUAAAAAUUCAAUUUUAUAAAAAAAAAUUAAAAUAGAUAAAAUAAAUUGAAAAAAAAAAAAUAUAAUAACAAAACAAAAAUUAUGCGAAAUUAUAAUUAAAAACAACAUACAUAAAUAAAAAAUAUAAAUAUGAAAUUACGAAAAACGCGAACUAGCAAAAUGAAGUUUUUACACAGCUUAAACAAAAAAUACAAGCUAUUUAUGAAUAUGAAAAUAAAGAAGAAAAAAAAAAAUUAUAAAACCAAAUAUUUUUUGCGCCAGCUAAAAAAUUAAAAUGUUAUCAAAUUUUAAAUAAUUAAAAAAAAAUAAAAAUUCCGAAAAACGCCUUAAAAUUUACAGACUUAAAAACCAAAAAAAAAAAAUAAAAAAAAAAAUUAAAGAAAAAAAGUAUAAGUUCAAAAAUUUUUAUUAAAAAAAAAAAUUAACAAAAAAAAAAAAGAAUAAAAAAUAAAUUUAAAAUAAGAUGAUGAAAAUCUAAAAAUAAGAAAAUAGAAAAUUUCUAUACAGAGUAAACAAAAAAUUAAAAAAAAAAAUUUUCAAUUUUUAUUGUAAUCGCUCUAAAAAUUUUGAGGAUGCAAACAAAAUGAAAAUUGCUACAAGCAAUUGAUAGUAAGCACGAUACUUUUAUACAAAACAAUUCUUUAUUAACAACUUUCAAUAUAUUAAUUCGGAAUUCAUUUAUUUUGUAGGGAAAUUGUAUACAAAAUAUGACAUUAAGAUUAUUAUUGUGCAAAAUGAAUUUAAAUUUUUGUUCUUAAAUUAACAAUAUCAAUAAUAUUUGCAUUUCUUUUAACAACAAUUUUUAUCAAACAACAAACAACAAUUUUUUUUUUAGAACAAUUACAAUAAUUUUUGUCAAUUUUAUUGAAUGUGAAUAA